AUGGCAACUUCACACAAAGGACUGUUCUUAAACCAACACAAAUAUGUGCUUGAUUUACUUCAAGAAGCAGACAUGAUCAACUCCAAACCUGAUUGUACCCCACUUGACAGCAAACUGAAAAUAGACAUGGAAGGCGAGUCUGUCAACAACAUCAGCCACUAUCAAAGGUUAGUUGGAAAGCUCAUCUAUCUAACUAUCACAAGACCUGACAUUACUUAUGCAAUCAGUCUUGCCGGAAAUGCUAUCGAUCGAAAAUCAACCACUGGCUAUUGUACAUUUGUUGGAGGAAACUUAGUCUCAUGGAAGAGUAAAAAGCAAAAUGUAAUUGCUCGUUCAAGUGUCGAAGCUGAGUAUAGGGCAAUGGCCUCAACUGCUUGUGAACUCAUUUGGUUAAAAGGUUUUCUCUCUAAUUUGGGGUUUCACAGUAGCCAAUCUAUGUAUCUCUUCUGUGACAAUCAAGCAGCCAUGCACAUCGCUUCCAAUCCUGUGUUUCAUGAAAGAACAAAGCACAUUGAAGUCGAUUGUCAUUAUAUUCGUGCUCAAGUUCAAUCCAAGGUGAUAGAAACUGUUUACACUUGCAGUCAUGACCAACUCACAGAUAUCUUCACCAAAGCUCUCUCUUCUAGUCAGUUUCAACGGUUACUAGUCAAGCUUGGAUAA